UCUUACCCCGCCUAUGCCUUCAUAGUUCUCAUUCAUUCUCUCUCGCCUCACCUUUCACCCAAUUCCCACGCAACUUCUCUCUCUCUUUCUCUCCUAAAAGCCAUUGGCAAAAAAAGCUAUAGCUAGUAGCCUCAAAGGCAUAUAUCACAAACAAAAACCAGUCUCUACUCUCUACCAUUGAUUUAGGCAUCGAAGGAAAACGCAAUUGUGCAACAGAUAAAUGGCCAUAGAACAGUACUUCGAGGGGACCAUGACUCAAACUGAUUCCUUUGGCGAAGAUAAGUGGAAAUCUGUGUCGGAUACAAUCCCAGAUUCCGAAAAUAAUGCUUCCAGUGGCUUUGACUGCAGCAUCUGUCUUGAACUUGUGCAAGAUCCAGUGGUUACACUCUGUGGUCACCUUUACUGUUGGCCUUGCAUUUACAAGUGGCUUCAUUCCCAGAAUGCAUCCACUGAAGACGAAGAGCAGCAACAGCAGUGUCCCGUAUGCAAAGCUGAAAUCUCUCAAUCUUCCCUAGUCCCACUUUAUGGCAAGGGCCAAACCACAAAGCUUUCUAAAACCAAGGCCCCCAAUCUUGGUAUAGUCAUUCCUCGAAGACCUCUUGGUCCUGCUUGUUGGGUUGGUACGCCAAGAUCAACUAGCCCAACAAGAAGUCCCCACCAAACUGAGCAACUUUAUCAUGGGAAUUAUUCAUAUCAAUCUCAACUAUACCAACCCAACUCAGGGGGUUAUACUGCUUCAUCCAUGACUCCAGGUGGUACGGUGACAAAUUUGCUCGAUCCAAUGAUUGGUGUGUUCGGAGAAAUGGUUUAUGCAAGGGUGUUUGGAAACACCAUGACAAAUUUAUAUACCUAUCCAAAUUCAUACAAUCUUGCAGGGAGCAAUAGUCCAAGGGUCAGAAGGCAUGUAAUGCAGGCUGAUAGGUCACUCAACAGAAUCUGUUUUUUCCUCUUCUGUUGCUUAAUUCUGUGUCUACUUUUGUUCUGAGUCUCUUGCUUUCCCCGUUGUAUACCUGUAUAAAAAAUACGAAUGUCUGAGAUGAACGAUAUGCUUAUUCAGCCGGAUGUAGUAGUUGUUAGAGAUGUUGCAUUUCCAGAGCUGCAAUAUAUGCGAUUACCGGUCUUUUUCUGUGCUUUAUAA